GAUAGUUCAGCGUAUGCCAGCGUUUUAGAGAAAUUUUGAUACGUCGACUAAAUAGUCAAGGUGUGACAGCUAGCCUGACACUGACAGGGCCAUUACGUGUGAUCUGUUUGAUGCUCUCAGAUAUAGAAUGUGUUUGCCAACAGUUACAACGGCAGAAGAAGAAGAAUGACCAAAUACUUAUUCAUCUGGAAUUUUACUUCAUUAGCAAAUGAAAAGUCAUCCCAUUGAAAUAGUGUUUAGGGAAACGCUGACAGCGUGAAAUCACUGGGAAGGAUGACAGCAGUGGAGGAUGAAACAGAGAUUAUGGAACCUGAGACGCACGUUGUCCAGGUCACAAAUGUUGCACCUCCUGUCACUCUUGACCAAAUACAGACACUCUUCGGCUACUUGGGAAAGACAGAAGAAAUAAAGAUGUACCCUCUAUAUGAUACCGGGCAAGGAAAUCCAAAGAUCUGCUUCAUAAAAUACAAAGACAAGCCUUCCGUCGGAAUAGCACAGCAUUUGACAAAUGUUGUCUUUAUCGAUAGAGCUCUCAUUGUCAUGAGGUUUAUUGAAGAUAGAAUUCCAGAGGAAGUAGAAGCAAUGAAGAUAUUGACCACUGCUCCUAAUGCGGGAGUUCCGCUGCUCAAUGCCGGUGUCGCAAAAUGGCCAGCAAAUGUUGUCAAUCAGGUUCAGGGUAUUGGACCAUCUCAGAUGAUCAUUACUCUCGACCCAAAGCUUAGUGCGCUUGAUUUGCCACCAUAUCCUCCUCUGCCAGCAACCAUAGAUGCUAGCAGGCUUGAAGAAAUAAGAAGAACGGUCUAUGUCGGAAAUUUAAGUCCAAUGAUAACAGGACAGCAGGUACUGAGCUACUUUAACCACGUGGGAGAGUUGAAGUAUGUACGAAUGGCAGGCAGUGAAGAUGGACUUGCGAAAUAUGCCUACGUAGAAUUCACAGACCAGGCAUCAGUUCCUAUCGCACUCCAAUAUAAUGGAGCCAUGUUGUUUGGCCACCAAAUAAAAGUAAAUCAUUCAACUCAGAAUGUUAAGAAACCAACGACUAAAUCAAAUGAGGCAGCCCAGCGUGAAAUUGAAGAAGCAUUGAAGAAGGUCAAGGAGGCUCAGUCUCUGAUAUCGGCUCAUAUAGAUCCGGCAAAUGUGUUUGCAGAUAAGGUCACUGAAAGUCGAUCUAGAUCGAAGAGUCGUCAUUCCCCUUCUCCUAGAAGGAAACACAGAUCACCCUCUAAAGGACAUCGUUCGAAAUCACGAAGUAAGCGCUCCAAGUCAAGGUCUCGCAGACGGUCCCAUUCACGCUCACGUGCCACAAGAAAGCGUUCACGCUCUAAGGAUAAGAGCCGACGACGUUCGCGAUCGCCAAAGCGGCGCCGGUCUAAAUCACGCAGUCGUAGCAGGGACCGUAAGAAGCCUCGCCGGUCACGGUCAAGGUCAAAAGGACGUGAUCGAAAAGACAGAGAUAAGGGCAGAGAUAAGGACAGGGACAAGAGAGAUGAGAAGAAAGAAGAUAAGCGCAGUGAAAAGAGGGAGGAUAAAAGAGAUGUGAAGCGAGAUGUGAAGCGAGAGGAAAAGAAAGAAGAGAAGCAAGAGGAGAAGCAAGAGAAGCUGAAGGUAGAGGAUGAAGUCGGAAAAACUGACGUCACUAGUGACUCGGCUGAAAAGGAUGAAGAGCAGGGUGCAGAGGUAGAGCCCGCUACUGCAGUGGAAAAGCCAACACCUCCAGAGGAAGAGAUUCCUACAGUAAAGAAGGAGGACGAGCCAAAAGAGAAAGAACCAGAAAAGGAAGUUGAGAAGCAUAAGGAUCGCUCCAGGUCACGGUCCCACUCGAGAAGCAAAGAAGUAAAAGACAAGCAUUCGUCUGAUGCAGAAGUUAAGUCACACAAAGUCUCCAAAAGGCACAAAUCCAGGUCUCCGUCGAAGAGCCGUAAGCGGUCGCGCACGCCGCGUCGUCGCUCCAGCCCUGUCAGGAGGCGCUCACGAUCGCGCACGCCACGGCGGGCACGACGCACACGCUCACGGACGCCUGUGCGCAAGAAGAGUCGCUCACGCACGCCUGUGCGCAAGAAGAGUCGCUCACGCACGCCUGUGCGCAAGAAGAGUCGCUCACGCACACCGCGUAAGCGCAGCCGCACAAAGUCGCCGAAGCGGCGCAGUCGAUCUCGGUCGCCACGGCGACGGCGCUCCAGGUCGCCGCGCAGACGUCGCAGCCGCACGCGUUCACCACCGCCGCGCCGCCGGUCCAGGACUCCCAGCCCGCGAAGAAGCAGAAAGAAACGGGACAGAGACCGCAGCAGGAGCCGGGAUAGGGUAUCAAGCAAAAAGAAGAGCAGGGACCAUGAUAAGGAAAAGGAGAAGGAAAAAGAACGAGAUAAGGAGAGUAACGAACAAGAAAAGAAGAAAGAUGUCAAAGUCACUCGCAAUUACGAUGAGGAGGAACAAGGCUACAAUUCUGCAACGGAAGGAGGCCAUCUCCCACCAGAAGGUCCUGCCCUGCCCCCAGAAGGACCAGCAUUGCCUCCCCUCCCUCCUGGAUCUCCACCUAUCACCCCAGCUGAUGCCAACCUACAGCAGAUAGACAUGGAUGUGGACUCUGACUAAGAUAUGUUAAAACUAGUUCAGAUCCAAAUAACUAUGUUGAUUCAGAUUUUUUCUCUUUGAUUUCACUUGAGGUGUCAGUGAUCUGCUACAUUACAUAGUGCGUGGAAUGUACAUGUUAUAUAGGUAGUACCUGCCCAUAUGCGAAAUGUUUGUCGCAAAGGAAAUGUUUGUGGGAAUCUUUUAUUUGUGAGACCAUACUACUAAAGUAAUAGAUCUGUUCUGAUCACAUGCUUGGAAGAAUGAUAUUUCUUAUUAUAAAGCACCUAGUAUAAAGUACCUGCCCAAUAUAAAUACUAUAUAAUGUAGAUUACAUACUAUAUAAGUGUGUGUCUGUGUGACAGCCCACUUGUGAUGUGCUCGGCGAAUAGUCAGAAUUGUUGAUAUGGAACACUGUCUACUAAUCAGGUAAAUGGAACCUGGGCAGUAUCCCUAUGUUAAAUUUACAGGUUCAUCACAAGUGCAAAUACACGGUGAAUUCCUGACUUGUGCACUUCAAAAUCAGUUUUAACUCAUAAUUGAAAUGUUGCGUGGGAUGUCGUCUUGUAUUUUUUUAAUAAAUAGUACAAAUAGCACAUAAAUGCAUUUAUGAACAGAAUGCAGAAUUAUGUAAGUAGUAACGUAGGAAUUUUCUUGGCUUAGCAUAUUCUAAGUACAUGGCUUUACGGCACGUCGGAUUGGGCGGUAAUACGUAUGUGGCUCAAGGUUAGGGCGGUGUGCUAUGUCACGGCAGGUGCUACCUCGAUAGACUCGCCUCUGCCGGUCUGUCUCAAAUCAUUCCUAUUGUUCAAGCAUUUCUUUGUUUGCCUUACGUAUCCGUAAAGUAAUUUGUAAUCACGUGAAUCUUUUGUCAAACUAUACAGUUAUCAUACACUCAUGAUGUUGUUACUGUAAGUAUAUCUGUCUGCCUGUUCGCUGUGAAACCGAUACGGGCGUAUUUGUAAAGGCUGCUCUUUCUAGAAUUCUGGUUCUUAAAGAUUGAAAUUAGUACACGCUUAUAGCCACAGCACUGCGUUUGCGUGAAAGUGAGAUUGCAUCUAGGAGAAGUAUGUCUGGAAUAAACCUUUAAUAAAAUCACAAACCAGUUUUCUCUUC